GGGGAUUCUUCGCCACGCUGCUCGAAUCUAGGGGCGCCCGUCUCCCCGCUUUUCAGGCCAAGCCCUGCCCUUCCCAGGAGGGCGCUGCUGUCGCUGGGGCUCCGGGACCCAGGAUCCGGAGGAUAGCAAGAAAAUUAGUAUGCCUGUGCUCUCUUGGGACUCACUGGAAAUUGUACUGUGACAUCUACUGGGAUUUAGUCUGGGGUUUGCAGGCUGGUACUUAAAAUGGAAGUGGACAUUAAUGGAGACUCCAGAAGUACCCUCUCUACCCUUCCUUUACCUGUGUCCGAGGUAGGUUCCCCGGGGAAAGUGGAGACGGAAAAGCCUCGCUGCUCUAGCACUCCCUGCUCACCCAUGAGACGGACCGUGUCGGGUUAUCAGAUCCUUCAUAUGGAUUCUAACUACCUGGUUGGCUUCACCACGGGUGAGGAGCUCUUAAAGUUAGCCCAGAAGUGCACAGGAGGGGAAGAGAACAAGGGGGAGGCGGUGCCUACCUUGCGCUCCAAACAGCUCGAAACCGGACUCGCCCGCUCCUCUCGAUUGUACAAAACCAGGAGUAGGUACUACCAGCCCUACGAAAUCCCUGCUGUGAAUGGAAGGAGGCGGAGACGCAUGCCCAGCUCAGGAGACAAGUGCACUAAGGCUUUACCAUACGAACCUUAUAAGGCUCUCCAUGGCCCUUUACCUCUCUGUCUUCUCAAAGGGAAAAGGGCCCAUUCAAAAUCCCUGGACUACCUCAAUCUAGAUAAAAUGAGCAUCAAGGAGCCCGCCGACACGGAAGUUCUGCAGUAUCAACUUCAACACCUGACCCUUCGAGGGGACCGAAUGUUUGCUAGGAAUAACACAUGAAUUGCUCUGAGGGGAGGGUAAGCGAAUUCUGGGUUGGUUUCACUUGGCUGCAAACAUCCACUCUUGUUCUGUAGAAAAGAAUCUCCUGCAUUCUAAGAGGUUAUUCUCAGCUAAGUGUUCUUGAAGGGACAACGAUGACUACAACAACAUAAUUUGAAUUAAAAUUUGAAUAUGGAAGCAAAAUUACAGGUAUUUGGGGGGAAAGUUAUUCUAGAAAAAAAUGAUCUCUAAGAAAAUCAGAGUGACUUUAAUUGGUAGGCAUUACUUCGGAUAACUAUUUAGGUAGCAAAAGCAGACUUCAAUAGAUAAACAUAAAGUCUUUACGAUGCUUUGAAAUGCAACUUGGAGAUGAGAUCUGCCUAGUUGUUGCUAACUUGGUAUGACAUACUGGAAAUUUAUAUCAGAUAAGUACUUGAUUACUUCUUAAUUUCUUUCUGUAUUUUACUAUGAUAUAUAGAAUAUAUAUGUAUGGUAAUGAUAUGUUUUUGAAAUUGAGAACCUGAAUAUUGCUGUAUUGGACCACUUUUUAUUUUUAAAAAUUCAGUUUAAAUGUUUUAUAACUGAUUUUGCACUGGAAAAAAAUAACAUUUCA